AUGGACAAGUACAAGUGGUGCUGCUGCCUGACGUGUGCGUUGCUGUGCACUGUAGCUCUACUGUGCGUGUGCCUGGCCACUCUGCUAUCUCAGCCGUGUUCCAGCGCCAACAGCUUUCGGCACGCCGCCGUGGCCGCCGACUCGCUACUUUGCUCACAGGUCGGCAGGAGGGUUCUGCAACAGGGCGGCACGGCGGUAGACGGCGCCAUCGCGGCCCUCCUGUGCACGGCCGUGGUCUUCCCUCAGAGCAUGGGGAUCGGCGGGGGCUCUGUCGUGACUGUUAGAAAUAAAACAGGUAAGGUGACAGUCUACAACUUCAGAGAGACCGUCCCUCAGAAAUUCAAAAGCAACUUGUUGGACGAUUGUCCUGACUCAUUUAAACAUACGCCAGGCAGUCAGUGGAUUGGCGUUCCUGGAGAGCUGAGGGGCUACGAGGCCCUUCACAAGCAAUACGGCAGGCUGCCGUGGUCCAAGCUCUUCGAGGAGCCUGUAAGACUCGCCAGGGAGGGCGUCCCGGUGCCUCCUCAUCUGGGGAAGAUUCUUUCCAUGCCCUCUGUGAAAAGCAGAGUACAACAUUCUUCGCUUUGUCAAGUUUUUUGCAAGAGCAACAGCAGUCUUCUGAAGACAGGAGACAUCAUGAAGUUUCCUCAACUUGCUGAGAGUAUGCAGAUCAUUGCCGAGAACGGAGCGGACGCCUUUUACACGGGACAGAUAGCUUUGGAUUUAGUACAUGACAUCCAAGCUGCAGGUGGGACAUUGGAUAUGGAUGAUCUGAGAUCCUACAAGGUAAGGGUGAUGGACGCAUGGACAGUUCCUCUAGGGGAAACCCUGAUGCACAUUCCUCCACCGCCUGCUGGUGGCGUCCUGCUUGCCUUUAUCCUCAAAAUAAUGCAAGGGUUCUCCUUCACACCACAUUCCCUUGAUGAGGACCAGAAAAUUCAGUUCUACCAUCAUUAUAUAGAGGCGGUCAAAUUUGCUAAUGGCCUGCGAAGAAACAUUUGUGAUCCUUUCUUCAACAGCCAUACGGGAGCAGACCUUCUGAUGGACCCGGCGUUCAUCGAUCACAUCAGAACUAUGAUUUCCCCCAACGGCACCAACCCGCCCUCAUACUACUCCGACGUGAGGGCGCCGCCCGAUCACACGGGAACGUCACAAGUGUCCGUGCUGGAUAAAGACGGACUGGCCGUCUCGGCCACUAGCACCAUAAACCAUUUAUUCGGAGGAGGUGUCUACUCCCCGCGAACAGGCAUCAUCCUUAAUAAUGAGCUGGCUGAUUUCUGCGGGAGAGCAAACACAUUGAAUCCUGGUGAGCAGCCUCCGUCCUCAAUGACACCAGCUAUACUGGAAUACAAGUCUGGAAGACUUCUUGUGAUCGGUGGAGCUGGAGGAAGCAUGAUCACAACCGCGGUCGCCUUGUCUGUAAUAAAUCACUUGUGGCUGGGGAUGAGUCUAAAGGAGGCCAUUGACGCUCCCAUUGUGUUUGUCGACUCCAAGAACAAAGUGAAUUUUCCUCCCGGGUUUGAUCAGUCUGUAAUCGACGGCCUCAGAGCUCUCGGACACGAGGUUGGACAAAUGGAAUAUUUUUUUAACGUCGUAAACGCUGUGGAGAAAGAGGACAGAUGCAUCGUGGCUGAAUCAGAUGCUAGGAAGAAGGGAAUGGCGGACGGAUAUUGA